ACCAAACAUACCCUACAAAUUCAUACUCCUUCUUCAUCUUCUUCUCUUAUCCUUUUUUUUCUUCUUCUUCAUGUCUGAUGAACAUAAAAAACUUUACUACCAAGACCUUGUCCUAGAUCAUAAUCAGCAAGCCGUUGGAGGAUCUACCAUGUACUGUGAAAAGCACUUUUCUUCCUUUCCUGGAGGUUCAUUAUCUGCUUAUGAUUCACAAUCCUUUGAUCCAUCUUGUAUGAGCUUCACUGAAUGUUUACAAGGAGGCAUGGACUACAAUUCACUUGCAACUUCUUUUGGCUUGUCUCCUUCUUCAUCAGAGGUAUUUUCAUCUAUUGAAGGAAAUCAAAAGCCAGCACUAGAAACUGGAGAUGUAGGUGGUGGUGGUGGUGGUGGUAGUGAAACCCUUGCUACCCUUAACUCAUCUAUAUCUUCCUCAUCCUCUGAGGCUGGGGCUGAAGAAGAUUCAGGAAAGAGUAAGAAAGAUAGCCAGGUGAAAGGAGAAGAAGAAGGAGAAAGAUCUAAGAAAAGGAACAAGGAUAAGAAGAAAAGAGAGAAAAAGGAUAAGGAGCCAAGGUUUGCUUUCAUGACUAAGAGUGAAGUUGAUCACUUAGAAGAUGGAUAUAGAUGGAGAAAAUAUGGACAAAAAGCUGUCAAAAAUAGCCCUUACCCAAGGAGCUACUACAGGUGCACUACACAGAAGUGUACAGUGAAGAAACGCGUGGAGAGGUCAUUUCAAGAUCCAACCACUGUGAUAACAACAUAUGAAGGUCAACACAAUCAUCCGGUCCCCACAUCUCUUAGAGGGAAUGCUGCAGUUGGAAUGUUCACACCUAUGUUGACAACAACACCGACUCCACUCUCAGCUGGAUCAAACUUCCCACAAGAUCUGUUUCUUCAGAUGCAUCCUCACCACAGUUUCAUCAUCAACAACAACAACAACAACAUCCAAUCUUCAAACACUAGUGCUAAUUCUGGCUCUAUUUAUUCGCACAACAACAUUAACAACUCUCUUCUUCAGCAGUAUCAUCAUCAGCUUCCUCCUGAGUACGGCCUCCUUCAAGACAUUGUCCCUUCCAUGUUCCUUAACAAGAGCCACCACAAUUGAGAUGUACACUCUUACUCUAUAUAUAUAUAUAAAGACGAGGGUAAGGGCGGAGGCAAUCCUUGCAUGGUAGCCUUACCCUUGUAUAUUGGCAAAGAGACUAUUUUCUGGAUUCAAAUCGGUGACAUUUUAGUCACAAAGAAGUAGUUUUACCACUACUCCAAGCUCGCCCUCUAUUAUAUAUUAUAGAUCGAUCUUUGGCCAAGUUUAUAUAUGAUCACUUUUGUACAUAUAGUUAAUUUGCUGAUAGUUACAUUUAGUUAUUGUGUUUCUGACUCAUCACAGCCUCGCCUACUUCAAAUGCUUUGUUUCGAAGUGGGUGGGAACUGUUUUAAGGAAAAUCAUAGGGUAAGGACUCAGCAGG